UCUCACUUUCUUUUUCUUCUUCGUCCAACAUCUGAAGCUUCUGAUCCCUUUUUUCUGUUCAGGAACUCAAGUCAUUUGAUUCUGUCCAUCAUUUAACCAUCUUUCCAAGCAGCCUCCAUGUUUCCAGUGUCUUUUCCUCCACUUGGAGCUGAACCCAGAUGGACAUUUCUUCCAAUACCACCAGCAUGCAUGCUUUGGGAUAGGUAGGGGGAAACAGCAUGAUUGGGGCUUGCCAUUACUAUCUUCCAGAAAGUCUUUAUCUACUUCUCAAAGGAGCCUCCAAGUCCUAACUGGGCCUAGUUGUGCUUAGCAUCUGACCCCCAAAGUUGGCCAGCACUGCCAAAUUGCAGAGACACCACCCUCUCAACUCCUACCAAUGUGCACACUUGCUGGCUUCCCUUCCAGAUGGAUGUGGGCUUCUAACAGAUUGAAGGAGAAAGACAAUACUCCGAGAAGUUAAUGCUUGUUUCUGUCAUUAAGCCAAUAACCUAUUUCUGUUCCAGCAAAAAGUUUUAUUGGUAGGGAGGAAGAUUAGAAAAUAAAGAUCUUGGGCUUAUCCCACCCCUGCCCCGGACAAACAAGGAUUGCAAAUUCCAAUACGCUUUCUUAGAAGGACUUUAUGUUGAGAGCACAGUUAUAAUUUCAAAAAAUAGUUUGGAAUAGUGACUGAGGCAACUGGGCACAGUCCUUCCCCCCCUUUGCUGCCAGUUUGCACUUAACAGGUAGGGCAAUAGUAAGCAACUCAGGGAGACUCUCCGAGGCUCAUUAAUAUUGGUAGCAAACAGCCUCUCCCACCACCAGCCAAAUCUGGCUGGGUGCCUAAGGGCCGAACAGUAACUCCGUCAGCCCCUCCCUUCCCUCCUCUACAGGGAGCGCAAAGACCAGCCUCAGAGAGACUCAAACUGGAGCAGCCCAGCUGAGCUUCACAUCAUUUCAGCCAAAAGGAAGUAUCCAAGAAGACUGGAGUUUUCUGUCUUCCCACCAAUAUUGUCUUGGAUAUUCCCAAUAAUCCAAAUCCGGAAAGGUUACAGCAACAGGAAGAACUGGUGAGAAUAGCUGGAGAAGUGAGCUGGGGAAACUGUCAGAUCUGCCGCCUGUCUCAAAAUAUUCUGGGAUCCAUCUUACCCUUCAAGGUCCGUCAUGCCUUCUUGAAGACUGUGAUUCUGCUUCAACAUCCAACCUGACAGCUUGGAUUCUGCAGGGCCACUGCAGGUUUGUGCUGUUGCCUCCUAGUUUAGAAUGGUGCCCACCGAGAAGAAGGUUGGUGGCAGUGCCAUCCUUUUCUGCAGCUAUCCUGACUGCACAACUUGCCCUACCUGAGCAAGACUUGGGAGCUGGUGAACCUUACGCAGGCAGUCAGGGGAUGGCCUGGUCUGGGGAUGAAUGGGAUGGAGCCACAGCAAAAUGGAUCUAGCAAUCAGAGCGAGCAGGGACCCACCAUCUUUCCGCACUCACCUCUGGCCACAAGUCUCAUCCUUAUGGCAGUACUGACUGUGGCUCUUUUGACGUUUACAGGGAAUGUGCUGGUUGUAUUAGCUGUGUACACUAGCCGUGCCCUACGGGCCCCACAGAAUCUCUUCCUGGUGUCUAUGGCUACAGCCGAUAUCCUGGUAGCCACCCUCAUUAUCCCAUUUUCCUUGGCCAAUGAGAUCAUGGGCUACUGGUGUUUUGGGGGUCUUUGGUGCAGUUUCUACUUGUCACUGGACGUCCUGUUUUGUACCGCCUCCAUCAUGCACCUGUGUGCCAUCAGCUUAGAUCGCUACUGGGCAGUCACCCGAGCUGCCCGCUAUAAUCUGAAAAGAAGCCCCCAGAGGGUGAAAUGGACGAUUGGGGCUGUCUGGGCCAUUGCUGCCAUUGUAUCCCUGCCACCCCUGUUUAAGUCCAGACAGCAGGACCAGGUCUGCCUCCUGCAUGAUGACACCUGGUAUGUGCUGGCCUCUUGCACUGCCUCCUUCUAUGCCCCUUGCCUCAUCAUGGUUGCAGUCUAUUGCCGGAUUUAUCAUGUGGCCAAACACAGGAACACCAUGGUCAUUGCAGCACGGCGGGUGUCCUACCCCAACUUCAUCCCCGUGGCCAAGUACAAUCCCUGUAGAAGGAGCACCCAGCCUCCUGGGGAAACGCAGAAGAUGGGAAUGGAGUCUGGCCAGCUUCCUCGCCCCCAGCCUAACUUGCCACGGCUCUCUCGGCAGUGGAGGGUAGAUGACGGUGGCAACAGCAGUGCUCGGCCACCAAGGACCCCAAGGCUUUCUUGGUCGCUUCCCUCCAAUCCCCAUCACCACAGAAGCAGGGACAUGUCCCUCUCCACCAAUCGUCUGAUGCAGGCCCGGGAGCGCAGAUUCACCUUUGUCCUUUCUUUUAUCAUUGGAGCUUUUGUCCUCUGCUGGUUCCCGUUCUUCUUUAGCUACAGCCUGGAAUCUGUGCUUGGAGAAGGCUGCUGCAUCUCCGAGCCUCUCUUCAAAUUCUUCUUCUGGAUUGGGUACUGCAACAGCAGCUUCAACCCCAUCAUCUAUACGGUCUUUAACCGGGACUUCCGCAGAGCUUUCCAGCAACUCCUGUCCCCUGCACACUCAUUCCUGUGCCGAAAAUGAGGACUCUGCUAGAGGGUUGUUGGAACCUGAGAGAGGCACGAUGGACAGGGGGGGCUGGCUACAGAACAUCCCCUUGGGGUCCCAGAGAAGGUAACUAGUGGAGGCUGGGGAGCUGAGUAUUUCUGCAGCUGCUUUUUAAUGAAGAAUUCGCCUCCCCAGGCAUGCAUGUAGCUUGAAGGGCAGAAGUGCCACAAGAAGCAAGAUUUCUGUGACUUACUGGCAUGCAGUUGCUUGGCAAGAGUCAGUUUCACCCUCCUGCCUGUUUCUCUAGCUUGCUGUGGUUGCCUUAUCUGUUAUUCAGCAAGCUAAUUAACGGAGGUAGUGGGAGCAGAGGGUGGCUGAGGUCAAAUUAUUUAUGUACUGCCACAGCUACUAUGGCAGUUUUGAUUCCCGAUGCAGACUCGCCCCAAAUUUUGGACAUUGUUGUAAUAAUAAACCAGCAAAUGUA